AUGAGCGGCACCGAGAACGGGAGCAGCGGGGCGGGGCGGGCGAGCUCUGAGCUUCCCGGCGUGCUGAGUCCGCCGAGUGUGGCGAGCCCUAUCCCGCGCUCAUCGACGGACUCGGCGCGCGAGAGCGAGAGCGUGGAGGCCCAGCUGGAGCGCGUGAAGGCCGAGAAGGAGCACCUGAACCACCAGUACCGCUCUCUCCUCUCGAAGCUGACCGCGAUGCGGCAGUCGCUAGGCGACAAGCUGAAGGAGGACGCCGAGGAGCUCGACCGGCGAGAGCUGCAGAUCUCGGAGCUCGAGGAGGAGAAGGAGAAGCUCACCUCCCGAGUAAAGGAGCUCGAGGCUGAGGCCGAGGAACGCGCCGAGCAGGGCCAGAACGAUGAUCUCAUGGGCCUCACGGACGAAAUGCGGGAGCUCCGCGGCGAGAUCGAGAAGCUCAGAGCCGAGAAGGAGGAGUGGGAGCAGGAGUGCAGCCAGGAGCGCGCGCGGAGAGAGCAGCUCGAAGACGACAUACGCGGGUUCGAGAUUGCACAGCGCGAAGCCCGCUCCGAGGCCGACAAGGCGAUUAAGGAUUGCCAGGCGGAGAGGGAGCGCGCGGCGAACCUCCAGGAGGUCCUCGAGGAGUUCCAGCAGGCGAAGGACUCGGAGCUGAAGCAGGCGACGUCGGAACUCGAAUCGCAGCUGAAACUCGCCGCAACCCAGUUGAGCGAGUACAAGCUUCGUGCAGCGAACGCCGAGUCAUCGCUGUCACAAGCGACGACGAACGCGACCAAGUCGUCUGCGCUCGAGAAGGAGCUGAAGGACAAGAAUGCCCUGAUCGCGAAGCUGCGACACGACGCGGUCGUGAACAACGAGCACCUGACGGAAGCCCUGCGCCGACUCCGCAAGUCGACGUCGGACGUGAACGUCGACCGCCGCCUGGUCACGAAUGUGCUGUUAAGUUUCCUGACGACGUCACGCGCCGACUCGAAGCGCUUCGAGAUGCUCCAGCUCCUCUCGACUAUCCUGUGCUGGGACGACGGGGAGAGGGAAAAGGCCGGAUUGCAACGACAGGCCAAGCGGCCGCAGCAGAGGAGGAAGAGUAGCUCCAAGGAGGCGACGAGUCCGAUCGACGAGGAGAUGAAUGAGUCCUUCUCGAACCUCUUCGUCGAGUUCCUUUUGAAAGAAGCGACACAGGGACAGGAAGACCACCUGCCCACAUCUCCGCAAUCGCGGCUCAUGUCGCCCGGCGCCUCGUCCUCUGCGCUCUCACCGCCAGCCUCCGGUGCCGCGACGCCAGUGGGCUAUUCCCGGUCGAGGGCGCUGUCCAACUCGUCCUCGGCGAGCGGGACGCCAGCCACCAGCGGCUCGUUCUCCAUCUUUGGUACUGGGGGAGGACAAGGACAGGGAGGAGGAAGUGGACUAGGCCUCUUCAGAGGAAACAGCAACCAGAGCCUCGACCAGAUGGUCCGGCCCCAGGGGCAGCGGAAGCCGUCACAGGGCCUCAUGGAGGUUAUGAAGUAG